CCUGCUGUUGCUGCGGAGGUGGACCGUGAGGCGGCAAAGGCGGGCGGGCGAGCGAGCGAGCGAGCGAAGGCCGCGUCGAGGCGAAUUGUUUGAUUUCACAAGUGGAAGGAGACUGUGCUAGGUGACUAUUGAGUCAGGGCUAAGUCAAUUUCAAGUAAGGCUUAAGUGAAAGGAUUUAUCAGAGAUGUCAAAAACAAACAAAUCAAAAUCUGGAUCCCGUUCCUCUCGUUCAAGAUCUGGGUCCCGGUCCCGGUCCCGGUCUUUCUCAAAGUCUCGGUCCCGAUCCCGAUCUGUUUCGCGGUCAAGAAAACGCAGGCUCAGUUCUAGGUCCCGUUCGAGAUCAUAUUCUCCAUCUCACAACAGGGAGAGGAACCACCAACGAGUAUACCAGAACCGGGAUUUUCGAGGGCAUAACAGAGGGUAUCGGAGACCCUAUUACUUCCGUGGAAGGAAUAGAGGGUUCUAUCCAUGGGGCCAGUAUAACCGAGGUGGCUAUGGAAAUUACAGGUCCAAUUGGCAAAACUACCGCCAAGCCUAUAGCCCUCGUAGGGGCCGCUCACGUUCACGGUCACCCAAGAGGAGGUCUCCAUCUCCACGGUCUAGAAGUCAUUCUAGAAAUUCUGACAAGUCAUCAUCUGAUAGAUCAAGGAGGUCUUCAUCAUCUCGGUCCUCCUCUAAUCACAGCAGAGCUGAGUCCUCCAAGCGCCGGUCAUUGAAGGACAAGAAGUCUUCUUCCAAGGAUGCCCGGGCAUCUCAGGGCGCCGGGGAUAACCAAGGAGAUGACAACAAGGAACCGCCCUUCUCGGGAGGAACGUCCCAGGAUGCCAAAUCCUCAGAGGGGUCGAAAUCCUGGCAAGAAGUGGGCACGUACGGCACAAGUUCAGCAUCAAGGGCCUCUGCUGUGUCCGAGUUGAGUCCAAAAGAACGCAGUCCAGCACUAAAGAGCCCUCUGCAGUCAGUUGUAGUCAGGCGCCGAUCCCCCAGGCCAAGCCCACUUCAAAAGCCUAGUCCUACAUCUUCUAAUGCUUCUCAGCUAGGCUCAGCUCUGCAGAGCGGCAGCUCCUUUCAGGCAGGCUCACAUCAGUUUGAGCAUAAUUUAGCAAGCCUGAGCCCAACAAGGAAGAGCCCUGUGUGCAAAAGCCCCACAACAAUCAGUUCCAUUUAUGGGGCAUCUCAGAAGGAGGAAAUGGGGGCAGCCUUCUCCAAAAGGUACUUAGAAGAGCAAAAGGCUGAAAAUGGGAAAGAUAAAGAGCAGAAACUGAUGAAUGUGGAAAAGGAAAAAAUGAAAGAGAAGGGAAGUUUCUCUGAGAUGGGAUUAGCGGAUGGCAAAACAAAAUUGGAUCCAUAUGCCUCCAAAGCUGACACAGAAAAGAUAUAUCGUGGAAGUCAGUCCCCAAAGCGCUAUAAGCUCCGAGACGACUUUGAAAAGAAGAUGGCAGAGUUCCAUAAGGAGAGCCAUUAUGGCAAAGAGGAAAUGGAUGAGCCGGAGAAGAAAGUUAAGGGCAAAGGGCGAAAGGAAUCCAAUUUUGAUGAGGAUGAGGAUGAUGAGCCCAAGUUUCUAUCUAAGACAGUAUCUGCUUCCAGCAAAAACCAGGAGGAAGAUCGGACAGGGAAAUGGGAAGGUCUGGUAUUUUUGCCCGCAGCCAAAGAGAAACAGCGGAAAGCUGAGGAGAUGGAGGAGGAGUCCUAUUCCGAACAGUCUAAGAAAGAGGAGAGGCAGGCUGCCAAAAGAGCAGAAGCUGGGCACAGAGGCUUUGUACCAGAAAAGAAUUUCCGAGUAACCACAUACAAAGCAGGCCAGGAAAAAAACGCUACUUCUCCUCCGCCUCGAAAGUCCUCAGAAGGCAGAGAUAAGCCAAGCACGAGGGGAGAGGGCCUGGCCACUGGCAAGUCCUCCUUUUCUAUUACUCGUGAGACCCAAGUCAACCUUCGAAUGGAUUCUUUUGAUGAGGAUCUUGCACGCCCAAGCGGGAUUUUGGCACAGGAGCGCAAGCUGUGUCGUGAUUUGGUGCACAGCAACAAAAAGGAGCAGGAGUUUCGCUCCAUUUUCCAUCACAUUCAGUCAGCCCAGUCCCAGCGGAGCCCUUCGGAGCUCUUUGCUCAACACAUAGUAACCAUUGUCCACCAUGUGAAAGAGCAUCACUUUGGGUCUUCAGGAAUGACGCUGAAUGAGCGCUUCACUAAAUACCUAAAACGAGCAGAGCAGGAGUCGGCUAAGAACAAAAGCCCUGAAAUCCAUAGGAGGAUAGACAUUUCUCCAAGUUCUUUUAGAAAACAUGGAUUCUCGCAAGAAGAGAUCAAAAGUUCCAAAGAACCCAGCUACAAGGCUGAAAGUAAAUAUAAAGACGACCCAGUUGACCUGCGUCUUGACAUUGAACGGCGUAAAAAACAUAAGGAGAAAGAUAAGCGGGGCAAGUCAAGGGAAUCGGUGGAUUCCAGACCUUCAAGUCAUUCACGUGAGAGAUCAGCGGAGAAAACAGAGAGGUCUCACAAGGGCUCCAAAAAGAAGAAGCACCGGCGUGUGCGGGAGCGCUCCAGGUCCAGCUCCUCAUCCUCACAGUCCUCGCGCUCCUAUAAAGCAGAGGAAUAUCCUGAGGAGGCGGAAGAGCGGGAAGAGGCAGCUGCCCCCGGGUUUGACAAAUCCCGUCUUGGCACCAAGGAGUUCACUGGUCCAAACGAAAGGGGAAGAGCUCGCGGGACCUUUCAGCAGUUCCGGGCCAGGGGCCGUGGCUGGGGAAGAGGCAUCUUUUCCGGCAACAGCAACAAUAAUAACAGCAGUGGCGGUGGUGGUGGUGGCAGCAGUACCGACUUCCAGAAGCGAACCAGGGAGGAAGAGUGGGACCCCGAGUACACGCCCAAGAGCAAGAAGUACUACUUGCAUGAUGACCGUGAGGGCGAAGGUGGCGAGAAAUGGGCCAACAGAGGCCGAGGCCGAGGCAUCUUCCCCCGAGGGCGGGGCCGUUUCCUGUACCGGAAAUCGAGCACCAGUCCCAAAUGGGCCCAUGAUAAAUUUAGCGGAGAGGAGGGAGAGAUUGAGGAUGAUGAGAGUGGGGCUGAGAACAGAGAGGACAAGGAUGUCCUCCAGUCGGUUGCAGAGUAGCAGUUGCAAGUGGAGGGAGGCUCCCAAGACACGAGCUGGAGCCGAGGGAGGGAGGGAGGGAGGGAGGUUGGCCAGCCUGGCAGGCUGGACUCCCCUUGAUUCUUAUUGACUAGUUGAAUGUUUUUCUGUUUUUUUGAUUUUUCAGUGACCCCUGGAGGACAGUGGAGUGAGUUGUGCCCAAUACUUUUGGCAAUCAUUUUUGUCCUUUUUUAAUGUGAUGAUAGAGAUGGGGCGUUAAUUCCCCACUCUUUUAUUUUCCUCCUUCCUGUUUGUGGAUUAUUAUUUUUUUUAAAAUCCUUUAUUUUAAUCAUUUGCAUAUAAGAGAGAUAGAGACAAUGCCCCUUAAAAAAUGGUUAAUUUCAGAAAGUCCUUCAUGGUUCUUAUAUAUACAAGAAGAAUUGCAUGUGAAUAAACACCUGAAUAGAAAACUGUUGGGACCAAACUCUGUGUUCUUAAUUUAAUGGAACUUUCUACCCCCUUCUUGAAUUUGGAGUCAUUCUUUUAAUGGAAUCACCAUUUGUUUUUCCUUUUGUGCUGAAGUUUUAAAGUUAGCAUGGCACAGUUGGAGAAUCCCUCUUUGCCGCCCCGCCACCCCCCCCCCCACCCCGCCCAUGCAAAACUGCUCCUGGCUGAUGUUAGCAGUAUCUUGGUCUGUUCACUCUAGGUUUUUUGCAUAUCCCUUUGCCUCCAAUUGUGAAUCUGAACACUAUUUUCAGGGUCACAUAGUUUUCUAAAACUUCUAAAUAUACUAGGUUAAAAAAAAAAAGCUUGUAGCAUGAAAAAUGAAGAUUUUUCCAGUAUUUUUAUUAAUCUUUUUAUAAAGCAAUUUUGACUCACCUGUGAUGGCCAUGGUAAGUUGCUGGCAGUUGUAGUUCUCUUUGUGAUUCUCUUCAGCUUUAAAUCCGCAGUGCUUGAAAGGUGUUUGGUGGGUGGAGUUCUUGCUCCAAAACCGGCUACAGAGAAUGUAAUUGCUCUAUUGAGAAAUUGGUCCCCUGGAAGUAUGACUUUGCGGUGCGUCCCUACUUUCUGUUCCCCUCCUUCCCUCUCUGUGCUAUAAAUAGAGUAAUUUUGUGGGACUGGUGCAGCUCUUGCUUAGCAAAGCCCACAAGUUUUUGUUUUGACUCCUUGUUCAAAUAAAAUUACAUUGAAAUGUG